GUCCCUACGCUCCUCCUGCCAGCUUCCCGGCCGCCGAUCGCUUCUAGCUCAUCUCUAGCCCGGGAGUCCUUCUGCCCUCCGCAUACAUCUGCACAUGGGUGCGCAGGCACAUAGCUUUGUCCCUUACUUUCCCUCUCCCAUGCUCUCCCACUAAUGCGAACCGACGGCGCCAAUGAUAUGGUACUUGUUGUACGCUUUUCGCGGUACAACCGAGCCUCCUAAGCUAUCGCCAGAGCAUCCCAUCCGCAAGGCCUUUGCCCGCUAUGGCACCGCCACCGCGCGCCACUGGCUGCUCUCGCUGUUGCUCUCCGUCGCCGUCGCCGUCCUGCUCUGCUACCCCGUCGUCUUCCUCUACGAGAGCCCCGCCCCCGGCGGCCAACACCACCGCCCACACCAUGUCUGGACCUCUGUGCGCGCGUACGACGGCCCGCCCGACGUCACGCCUGAUGUUGGGAUGAGGCAGCUGUGGGUCCACGGGAGCUACAUGAAGGCGCUGGAUUCGCGUGUCUUGCGCGAGGCAUUGAGCAUCCAGGACAAGCUCAUAGGCCGCGGCUUUGGCUUGCCUGGCGGGCGCGCCGGCGAUGCGCGGGAUGGCGCGCUCGACGGUGCCUGCGCUCCGGAGGCUGGAGGCAAUGCGCUCUGGGGCUACCACUCGCCGCUCAUGUACUGGAACUGCUCAAUGGCCGCUCUCGAGGCCGACACGGACAUUCUCCACACGAUCAAUUCGCAGGAGGGCCGCCUGUCCUACAUGAACUUUACCCUUCAGCCCACGUCGCUCUUUGCUGGGAAAUCUUUCAACGGCACUCGUUUAUUGGCCGCCGACGCUCUGGUGAUUACUCUUAUGGACCGCACGGGUGGCGCUGUCACGGAUGAGUUCGACAGACGCUCCCGGAUGCUCACAUCGGAAUCACCUGAUCCGUGGUCAUUCUAUCCGCCAACGGGCUCCACGUAUAGGCAUCAGCUGUACGAAUUCCGCUAUCAACCGCUGAGCAUCAAUGAUGCGUCCACCUUAAUCUUGGCCUAUUCUCUCAUGCUUUUUUACGUUCUGUUUAGCCUGCGGAAACUCAAGGCUGUCAAGAGUGUAUUUGGAUUGUUUUGCACUGUUAUAGCUCAGAUGUUUAUUUCUAUUUGCGCCAGCUUCACUGUUUGUGGUUUGCUGAAAAUCAAUUUGACUAGCGUCCCCGGGGAGGCUUACCCGUUUGUGGUACUAGUCAUUGGUUUGGAAAACAUGUUUCGUUUGAUCAAUGCCGUUCUUGAGAGUCCCGCGCAUAUGCCGACGGUCUCGCGCGUUGCAAACGCGCUUGGUGACGUCGGCCAUCUUUCUCUUGCUGCCGCAACGCAAAACCUGCUUAUCCUAUGGCUACUUUCCAAAAUAGUAUCUCCCGGUGUGGCACCUGCAUGCGCUUUCGCGGCAGUGGCGCUCGUGUUUGACUUUUUGUUCCACCUUACCUUCUUCGUCGCUGUCCUAAGCGUCGACGUGCGGAGAAUGGAGCUCCAAGACUCACUCGACCGAAUUAAUCUCGCAACCCAGCGCAAGCUACACAUUGCGAAGCACGAGCGCCGAACUUGGACUGAAGCCCUUGUACGGGAGAGCUGGCCCUUCAGCACGAGAACUGCAGGGACCAUCGCCUUGGUUUUCUUCAUCUUGGCCCUCAACUGGCAUUUUUUCGACCACGAUUCUAAGGCCUUUUCGCUCGUUUACUAUCUGCAAUGGCUGCGGAAGAGCGGCAAGCGGCGGAAGCUCGCCGACGUAGUAACUCCACCGCCCAUCAACCAAGCCCGCACGCCCGAAGCAUGGCUGAAGAUGCAAGACCAUAAAACGGCCAAGGAACUCCUCAACUAUUCCAAGCCAGGUGCCCACAGCAUCAUUGCUAACAUCUUUGAGCCUUUGGCUGUGGUAAUGAAAGACUCUGACCGCCGAGGAUUCAGCCAAACUCAGUCGAUCUUCUUCGCCCUCCGUAGCCUCGCCGAGAGGCACUUCUUCCCGUUCGCCGUCGUGGUGGUUUUCGUCAUAGCCACUGUUACUUUGCUGAUGAACUACCUCCUCUGGAACGAAAUACCGGACGAGGACUCUGACUCUGGGACUGAGGCUGAACUACCCCUGUCUGUCAAAACCCUUCCAAGGUCUCAUGAGCUCGAUGUGGUCAAACUCUGGUCCUGCGGCCAAGGACACCUAGUGGCAAUAAGUUUGGAUCGCUUGAUCUCCAUUUGGUGUCUCGACCAGCGUACCCACAUCUACUCCCAUGUCGUCCUACAACCGGGCACUCUCUCGCCUCCGGUAUGGCCCAUCAUUGCCUCUUCUAUCGACGAUAGUGGACAAUGGCUUGCUCUUUGCACAGAUGCCGGUCGAGUAGCGUUGUGGAGUUUGACAGAACGUCGUUUCGUCAUGUCCAAAGUUUUGAGUCUUCGCGGCCAGAUGCCGAUAAUAUUCGCCUUUUCUCUUCACCAAAUGGACGAUGUUGAGAGGUUGAGCUUAGUGGUGGUCACGCCAGACGGACGCUUGAACAACUUGGAUUUCCGGUCCGGCCAGCUUUGGACACACCAGGUCUCCGAAGGUCAGCUGUCCAAUGCGCAUCUUACGUGCUGCGUUAAAGGACGGACCAGAGUCAUUAGCGUUUCCAAGACCGGCGCGAUCACUAUGACUUAUCCGCUAUCCGGCGAAUGGGUUUCCGAAGCUCUCGAUAUGAAUGAAGACAGGAAGAUUCCGAAUGGAACUGUCUCAAAAGUAAGGUACACCUACCCCAUACCUUCGCUAUGUAUGAUAGCAGCGGUGAGGACUUGCGAGGUUGAUCUCGUAGACUUACCUACGCGGACGGUCAUCUACACUUUCCAGACCGGACAGAUAAAGGGACAAUCUCUCCGCAUCCUGUAUGCGCAACGAAAGAUAUGCGGGUGCCAUUCACCCGCUGUACAGACCUUCUCGAUUACAUACACCGACUCGGAAACGCAAAACUGCAUGAUGCAGACUUACUCGCCGAAUCCAGAUUCUGCAAAUGGGCAAAUAUGCCUCCGUCCGGUGAGCCUUCUGGAGGAAGGACAGGUUAGCUGCACUGGGUUCGAGCGCGCCACGGAAGCACUGCACUGGGUGAACGACCCAGGUAAUUGGGAGUCGACAAAGGUGCCUUCGAUAAUUGGAGUGCGCAAGCGGCCAGCAACGCCGCCCGCUUCGGUCGUCUCGACGUCUUCGGAUGCCAGCUACUUCGCCAACUACGCGAACGGGGGCAUGAAGCACCGACGGCGCGACAGCGUUUCCCGGCUGGGCCAGCUCGGAAAUGCUUCGGGGGGCAGCUCGGCGAGGCCCAACAUGUCGCGAACGCACAGCUCGGAGACGGAGGAAUGGGAAGCGUGGACACUCUCGGCAACGGGCGACCUUCACACGACGCCGCUGUUCCCGGGGGACGCGGCGACGGAGGACGAGGAGCAGCUGUUUGUGGCCAAGCCGGGGCCGAUGGUGCGGGUGGGCAAACGCAGCGUGGCGGUCGGGUUUGGCAACACGCUGAAGAUCAUCACGCUGGGCAACGAGCGGUUCGAGGAGGGCACCAAGGCGGUGGAUCCGGCGGUGGUGUCGCUGGCGUGGAGGAAGCGGGCGAUGGCGCGGCGGGCCGGGCCGGCGGCGCACAUGGCGACGGAGUAGGGGGGACAAAUGUACUCAAUAGUAGCUAGACCUGGUGACUUGUACCUAACAAACAAACUACCUAAUGGAUGCCUCAGGAUGGCCGAGGCAGCGGCACCGCAACAGCACAGAG